UUUACCUAUACCACUUUCUGCAGCUGAAUCUUCAGACAUUCCCUUCGGGCCAGCUGUGCUGUCAAGCAAAGGAGGCUGAAAGUUUGUUAUUACUAGUCUGAUAAGUGGGCCUUGUUCCAACGAGUUAACUACCUGCACAGUCCUAAGAAACACGGGGGUAUUUUUCAUAUAGCUAACAGUUCAUUGUGCCGGUCCAGGGAAUCGAAUCAAGCAUCGUAGCUAUUGUGUUCAUGUUUCAGACCAGGCGCUUCCACGGCGUAGUUCCGGGUGUGCCUAUGAAUUGCUCACUGUCAAGCAAUAAGCCCGUUAGCUAGCAAGCUAGCGAGCUAGUUGGUUAUUGAAGAUCAGUCGAGUGCUGGCACCCUAUCCAUGAAAUAUCAGCUAGUUGGCUACCUUGGUUUAUUGAUUUUGCUUUAAAAGGGCCAUCAUCAUAUAUGCAUUUUAGCUGAAAAAAGAGGACACAACGAGAGGAUGGCGGCUGCACUGCUGUCGGAGACGCAGAUCGAACAGCGAUCUAUGGCUGAAGAAGAUCCGAAUGGGAAUGAGCAUGGAGCGGCCGCACGCAGCACUGCGCCUCGCUGGGGACCACAGCACGCUGGGGCCCGCCAACUUGCCGAGCUGUACUCUCCGGGCAAGCGCUUGCAGGAGUGGGUCAGCGUGGUUCUCUGCCUCUCUCUGUUCAGCAUCAACUUCCUCUUCCUGCUGCUCAACUUCUCCACCCUGCACAUCUACAGAAUCAUCUUCGGCAUCUUUGCGGGGAUUGUGACUGCAGACUUUGCCUCUGGCAUGGUUCAUUGGGCUGCAGACACCUGGGGCUCUGUAGACAUACCGGUCCUUGGAGCGGCGUUUAUCCGGCCGUUCCGGGAGCACCACAUCGACCCGACCGCCAUCACGCGCCACGAUUUCAUCGAGACCAACGGGGACAACUGCAUGAUCACCAUUCUGCCUCUGGCACGGAUGGCCUACAAAUUCCUCUCCCACUCGCCAGAAACCCUGGCGGAGUCCUACCCCUGGGAGUGUUUUGUGUUUGCACUGGCCGUCUUCGUCACCAUGACCAACCAGAUCCACAAGUGGUCUCACUCUUACUUCGGCCUGCCGCGGUGGGUGACCCUCAUGCAAGACUGCCACAUGGUCCUGCCCCGUAAACACCACCGUAUCCACCACGUGUCCCCCCACGAGACCUACUACUGCAUAACCACAGGCUGGCUGAACUACCCCCUGGACUGGCUGGGUUUCUGGAGGAGGAUGGAGUGGCUCAUUGAGAGGGUCACGGGAGAGAGGCCCCGUAGUGACGACCUCGCCUGGACCAAGAAGACCCUCUGAGCCCCGCCCCGUGCCCUGCUCCGCCCCGCCCCACCCCAAACCGCCCGUCAUCUCCCUCCACAGCGUGCAGGGAGGAGCCUCUGAGACUGACGCACACACACCGACCCCGCCCACGAGAAAGCUUUGCUACAUCUACCAACACCAAACACACAGCUGCCGCAGCCUUUUAUAAAAGAUAGUCUCAAGCUCUCCGUUCCACGCAAGACUCCCUUGUCGGUCUCGAUUCAUUCUGUCUCAGAAGUCCUGUUUAUGGAAAGGUUGCGUUGAGGAGCAAUGAAAAUGUGUUCAUUUAAAAUGUGCCACCCUAGCUGUCCCGCCCCUCACAUCAACUCAUGGUGUUUCUGACCAAUGGGCUCCUUUUGUCUCGUGUCGUUUCACCUACGGGCUCCUCGUGCUCUGUCGCCUAACCAAUGAGCUUGUCACCUGUUUUACUCUGUCACCUGUCCAGUGGGCUGUUGUCUCGUUCUGUCACCUGAAAAAGGUCUGUUACUCUGUGUCCCUGCUGCCACUGGAAUACCAGGAGCCUUGAGACUAGGCUGUUUGGGGAGAAAGCCCCGGUCUGACACUAAACGGGCGAAUGCUAACAGAGAAGAACGUCUCUUCACAGCAUGCACAUUAACCUCCCUGUAUUCUACUUGUCCUUCUGAACGGGAGGGCAGGCAUCGGCACUUUUCCAUUCUUUUGCCCUCUUGUCAUUCAACCAGGCUGACACUGUGUCGACGACAGAGGAAGAGAAACACGUGUGUUAAGCUUGGUUUUCCCCACGCUAGCCUGGGUUAGCCCGCUUUAGCCUGGGUUGGCCCGCGUCGGUCUGCUUCAACCCCCGCCGUCCCCCGCCCCUGUCUGCCUGUUCACAGCCAGAGCAGGAAGGCCAUCUCGUCUCCGCCCGGCACAUUUGAUGGACAGGUGUACAGGGGCCCGUUUUAGCAAUGCUCCGCCCCCCGCUGUGUGGCUUGUUUUGUGUAUGUGUCCUUUUCCCUGAGCAAGUCGCCUAACUUGCUCAAGGAAAAAGCUGGUUGGUGCCUUGCAUGGCAGCCAAUCGCCAUUGGUGUGUGACUGUAUGUAUGAAUGGGUGAAUGAGAACCGUCAAUUGUACAGCGCUUUGGAUAAAGGCGCUAUAUAAAUUCCAACCAUUUACCAUCCUGUCUGAGGUCCCUGGAACCCACACACCCAUUGCACACAUUUAAAGGGCUGAACGAACCCCAGAGCUAGAAAAACGUCUACCGUUUUAGUUUUAUUUUAUUUAUUUAUUUUCCUCCUGAACGCGUGAAUAGAACGUUUUGUUUUCAUGAUUGACCGAUCAGUGUGCACGGCAGAACAAGUUCGCAAGAGCCAAGUGAGCAAAAAUAUACGGCCUUCCUCCGAUUUUAUAACACCCACACGCACAAAUCCCACGGCCGCGUAUAUUAACAAGCGAGCCUACAUUAUGCGCAUGCACGUACAUGCGAACAUGCAAAAAUGUACAUGCAGGUUUUAAUGGCAGUGCCUAGUAAUUCUUUGCUUACUGUCAGGCCCUGUUUAGGUUUCAGCUUUAACAUGCGUCAUGCCGUUUCGCGCAUUCUUCCGUCUUUUUGUUUACAGAACCGCAUCUUGCACUAUAAUUUAUCUCCGUCUAUAUCAUUUCAGAUUCUGGAGAUUGUUUAAGAUCAGCUGUAAAAUGAUUUAUCCUUUUAUGAUUUCCUGGCUGGUCUGCCUUAAACAAAUGUUUUGUUGAUUGUAUGCUUUAUUAAAGAUGUUUUAAAAUGUA